AUGGCUUUUAUAGAUAAGCAGCAAUGGGAAGAAGCCAUCAAUGCAGAUUUGCAGUCUUCUGGUAUCAUAGUCCCUUCUCUGCCAGUGGAUAGUCCUGCCAUUAAUGACAUACUUGAUGAAAGCUCUGAGUAUUACUCUCUUGUUGAUGCGUCUUGGGUCUCUGCUUCUCAACGUGCAGGUAUUAGAUGGUCCUUAUUCAGUAAAGAAGGCAUCCAACUGCUCAAGGGAAGUGCCUCUAUCCCCCCGACGCAAACUGUACUGGAAGCGGAAGCUCAGGCUUUACUAAUGGCUACUCAACACCUUCAUGUUUUUGGAUAUCCUCAUGUAACUUUUGUGGUGACUGCAAAAUGUUAUAUGAGCUCCUGCAAUCUUAUAAGGGAGGUACGCAAUCGGAUGCCUCUACAGUGCCUUUAUUACAUGGCUCCUCUAGCUUGUAACCUUGUUUAUUAA